AUGAGGCAGGAAUUUAGUUGGCCUAGGUUGCUAGGCUUGCCCAACCUGAGUCACCUCCGCCGCGUCGCGCGGUUCCCCCCCUGUCGCUGCUUCUCCACGCGGUGCAGUUUGCCGGGGAGACUUGUGGACUACUCCCUGUACCUCGUGACGGACGACAAAUUCUUUACCGAUAAGCAGAAUGUGUGCAGCACGCUGCUUGGGAAGGUGCGGGAAGGAGUUCUUGGGGGAGUGGGGUUGGUGCAGCUUCGACUGAAGAAGGCAGAGGACAGAUAUUUCUACAACACAGCCGUAAGCAUGAAGCAACUCCUACGUAAAUACAAAGUCCCACUAAUAAUAAACAAUAGACUGGAUAUCUGUGUAGGUGUAGAUGCUGAUGGAGUGCAUGUGGGUAGAACAGACCUCCCCAUCAAAGUGGCAAGAGACAUUUUAGGAGGAGAAAAAAUAAUCGGGGCAACCAUAAAUUUUAGCAAUGAUGAGGACAUUCAGAUGGCCCUGAACAGCCGUGUAGAUUACAUAGCGCAUGAACACACAUUAUAUGAAUCCACGACGAAGAAAAUUGCAGCUUCGCAUCACGAGGGGAUAAAGGAACAAAUACGCAAUCUACUGUGUAGGAUAAAACAUCUUCAAGAGAGAGGGAAAAUUUAUAAGCCAAUUUUAGAUUCAGAGGCUCCACCUAUUAUACUCAUUGGAGGCAUUAAUACUAACAACAUUGAGGAAACUAUGACCCAUUUUUAUGACUCCUGUGCAGGGGUUGCAGUUGUGUCAAAUAUCAUUGGAGAGAAAUGCAACUCCUUUUUCAAUUCACUCAGGUUAAGGUUUGUAAUAGAUAAACAUAAAAAGGGUUACAAUGAUGCAUUUGUGAAUUUGUGCAUGGGCUUGUUGCGUCAUUUUUUUUGGACCAACUUAGAGCGCGACAUGAAAGGGGUGCACACUAGCUUGAUUUGGGGACCACCCGCGGAGACACCACAGAGAGAGGCGGCAAAAGGGGACACUUUUCGAUUAGCUACAAAUGUGGACGUUAAAAAAAACGUACUCCACUUGUUUGAAAAUAAUCUUGAUUUGAAAUUUGUGCAAUUGAAUCAACCCAUUGUGUGCGAUUCCGCUGUGUGCACUUCCGCUGCGGGGGGCAAUUUUUUCCUAUUCUGUUCGAGGCGCACGGGUGUAGCGACAGAAGCAAUCGAAGCGGGGGGGGAAGGUUGCGGCCUCCACGGUGAAGGGAAAAAAAUGCACAUUCCGCACGACCCAUAUGUCAGCAAGUGGAUUCAGCAAAAUAAAAAAAUUGCAAACGGGGUCUUCAUUCUUAUAGGCGAGGAUUUCUUAACCCUAUUCCGAAAAUUUUUGGCACCUGAAUUUUUCCACAUGAACAAUUUUGUUCUAAUCACGAACAGGGAACAAAGCGGCUGGGAGACGCUGCGCUGUGACGCGCGCGGCGCUUCCAUACAGUUCAGUAAUAACAAUUUAAUCAAUGUCGCGUUGAAGAAUAUCCACGUGGACAGUGAGGCAGGGAACCGCUUUGCCAUUUUGCUCUCAUAUUUUUUAAUGGUGCAGCAGAAGAUGAAGCAGGAGUGGCCCCAGUUUUUAACCCAAAUUGUGGGGGAGGGAGCAGCAUCGGUGGACGCAGGGGAAGAGGGAAAACUUCUCAAAUUAGCCGCUGCGGUGAACAUGUCGUUCGAGGUGCUUUCAAAUGAGCACACGUGGUUGGCGGCGUUCUCCACGUAG